AUCGUCCUUUCCAUAUCCGACUACGAAGCUCCAAAGAGUAAUUAUCAAGCAGGGAAAUUGACAAAGCAAUUGAAGCUAUGACGACUGCGGCGGCGGGCGUGCAGUUUCACUCGUAUGUCAGUCCCAGCACUGAGCUGUAGGAUCAUGAUAAAUAGCGCCGUAGCAGGCGCGUCUAGUGCAAGGGAGAAUAGUUCAGCAACCACAUCCACGUUACCACCACACCACAUCGUGUCAAAGCAAACUCAAAAGCCGCCAAUUGGCUACUUCGAACACCUCAGCUCCUGCGUGCAACACUAUUAAAGCUCUCGGCUCUACUUUGUGCUCUUUCAUUAGACGCGGAGUACACAAUCAGCAAGAUCACCAGAACACAAUGGUUUCUGCAGUAGGCCGAAAGAUCGCGAUUACCGGCGCCAGCGGCCAGGUUGGCAAGCCUACCAUCGAGGGUCUCCUCAAGCACGGCGUCCAUACCAUUACCGCCAUUCAGCGAGAAGGGGCUACCAGCACCUUCCCGGACGGAGUGAUCGUCAAAAAGGGCAACCUCGAGGAUGAAGAGUUCCUCGCUGAAGUGCUCAAGGGCCAAGAUGCUCUCGUCCUGAUGCCUCCCCUGCCCCAGCUUGUCAGCCUCCAGGAGCCUGCCAUUCGCGCCGCCGCAAAGGUCGGCGUGCCCUACAUCUUCCCGUCCGAAUUUGGCCCUGAUCCCUUUGCCGGCCAACUCACAGACGAGAAUGGCCUCCUCAUUGCGAAGAAGGGCAUCCGCGACUUGAUUGAGAGCCUCGGUGUCAGCAGCUGGGUCUCUAUCGCCGUCGGCCCGUGGCUCGACGGCGGUUUCGGUGCUGGUCUCUGGGGCGUUGACCCCAAGGCUCGCAAGGCGACCAUCUGGCGCGGCGCCGAGGCCAAGACAAACACGGCGAGCAUCGCCCAUACUGGCCAGGCCGUUGCAGCCACGCUGGGUCUUCCCGAGGCCGAUCUCGCCAGGUACAAGAACAAGGGCGUGUAUGCGCCGUCGUUCCACGUCACCCAGCGGGAGAUCCUCGACGCCGUCCAGCGUGCCACGGGGACGACUGACAAGGACUGGGACAUUACCACGCGGGAUGUGAACGAUGUGGCCAAGGAGUACGAGGAGAAGAUCAGCCAGGGAGAUGGUGUGGCACCAUUUACAAAGUUUUUUGUCACGCAUUUCUUGGACGGCCAUGGCGGUGACUUCCAGCACAAGGUAAAUGCGGCGGAGCUGGCCAAGCUGGAGGGGUUGGGCCUCCAGAAGGAGACCAUUGAACAAGUCAUCAAGGAUGCGCUGUAGCAAGAGCUUCUUGUCUUAUCUUGCCGCCCAUAGAUAUCUUGUAGUUUAUUACUAAAUUGAUUCUCUUAUUGAAGGAUA